GCAGCGAGGAGGAUGGGCGCCGACAAAGCCAACGGAGUGGUCAACUACUGCCGCCGCCCGCCGCAGCGCCCUCUGCUUCAGAAGAUACGCUACGCGAUAUGGAACCCCGAGGAAAGGACCUUCUUAGGACGAACGGGACAUAGAUGGGGUGUAAUAGGUCUGAUCUACCUGGUGAUGUACAUCUGCAUCAUCAUCUUCUUCUCCAUCUGUAUGUGCGGCCUCCUUGCCACCAUGGACGACAGGAUACCGUACUUCACCCUCGCUGACUCCAUCAUAGGUGAUAAUCCCGGCAUGGGUCACCGUCCACUAGUGUUCGAGGAGGGCGCGUUGAUCUGGUACGACGCAGACAACGCCUCGCAGUACGAGAAGUACGUGCGAAACAUCGACCAAUUCCUUGCACCGUACGAUAACAAAUCGCUACUGGUGACGCGGGGUGAGAACCAGCGCGAGUGCGGGGAGGUAAAGCCGCCGCGCGCAGAGGUGUGUGCCUUCAAUACCAGCCUGUUGGGGCCCUGCGCUCAUAAGCAUGCUUACGGCUACCCUGCCAGGACACCUUGUAUCAUCAUCAAGCUAAAUAAGUUGUACGACUGGAACCCCAUAUUUUACGACGACCCCGCGGCGCUGCCGCCCGGCAUGCCGCCAGACAUCAAGGAGUACAUAAACAAGACAACCACGCAACAAGAACGUCGCAAGGUGUGGGUGUCGUGCGCGGGCGAGCGGCCAGCGGACGUGGAGGCUCUAGGCCCGCUGCGCUACUGGCCCUACCCUGGCCUGCCAGAGACCUACUUCCCAUACGACAAUACGCCUGGCUACCUCAGUCCGCUAGUCGCCGUGCAACUACUCAAACCUACUCUGCACCAGAUUAUAAACAUCCGCUGCCGCGCGUGGGCCCGCAACAUUCGCUACACGGAGAGCCUCAAGGAGCGACUCGGCUCCACGCAUCUAGAGAUAAUGAUCGACUGAACAUCGGGACCAAUGUAUCUCUAGUCUUACAAGUAGCACGGGUUUGGAACUCAUUUAUAACGACAAAUGCACACAAUUUUUUAAAAAUUUAACUUCAAUUUUUUUAAUAAAAUUAUUUAUUGGAGUUAAAAAUUAAAUUAACCCUUAUGUAAUACAUAAUACGAGUAUGUAAUUGUAUAAGUAGUUCCACCCCAUUUAUGUAUAGCUUGUUAGCUGUGAUGUGCCUUAUGUGACACUUGUUCAAACUUGUGCAAAAUUUGUGCAAACUUGUGUAAACUUGUUCAAACUUGUGUAAACUUGUGCAAACUUGAUGUUAAGUAGCAAAUUUAAUGCUGAUAAGUUUGUAUGGAUGGACUUAAUAUUAAUAAUAAAUAUUUUGAA